ACUGCAACCGCGGAACCGGAGCCCCGGCGGGACCAAUUAUCAAACUCACCUAGUAAUGUCCCUAGUCCCUUGCGCCGUGACUGUCGUCAAUGGAGCGGAGGGUCGAAACUCAUGAGUCGCCGAUAAUUGUGGGCAUGCGCAAAGUAAACUCGCUGAGUCAACAUGGCGCUGUCUACGGAGUUUGUGAAGCGAAAGAUAACAGAGAAACUGGAGGCAGUACACGUGGAGGUGGUGGACACGACGUGCGGGCGCAACUGCGGACAGAAGCUGGAGGUGGUGAUUGUUUCUCCUCUCUUCGAGGGCAAGGGACUGCUGCAGAGACACAGGCUGGUGAACGAGGCGCUAGCAGACGAGAUAGCGCAGCUGCACGCCUUCAGCCAGAAGACUCUUACUCCAGCCCAAUGGACGGCAAAGAAAUCAUAAGAACCGCCGUUUGCAAUGUUGAGUAGAUCGUCUCGGUCAUUAUUAUUGCGUGAUAAGACAAUAGUACAAACAUAAUGUACAUUGGAGGGAGGGACUGAAUGAUGGGACUGUAUGUGGGACGUAUGGCGUCAACAGUGAAGGGGUGACGGUGGCGGGAAAGGAGAAAGGAGAGAGAAAACGAUUGAUAUCAUCAUCUGUGCUAUCUUGACAAGUUGUGUGAGCUAUUGACGUCCGUAUUAGUGCUCCCGGUUUUCUGUGGGUGGUGGGUGUGGCUUGAGUGAGAUUCCAGUAGACCCGAUAGGUACUUGCUCGAAUCGUUUCCCAACUCUGCCUUGCUGGAGCCCCGCGGCGUUCGCGAAGUAUGUAGGGACGCAGUGGGGAGGGGCUGGUCGGCCCAGGAGUUUCGGUACGAGGUCGUGGUGCUGUCACUGGAGCCGAGGGGCUCAGUGUCAGUCCCCAGAAGUUUCGAGAGUUCGCUGAUGCCUCGCGUGGCACUCUCCAGAUGAUCUUCUUCCUCAGAGCUGGGGUCAACUGCAGAGGAGUUGGGUAGACUGAGAGACCGUGUGUAGAGGAGGAGAGUAGAUUGCUGACUGAUUGAGGGGCUGGGGGAGGGGACGGUGGGGAGGGUAGGGUGUGAGUGUGAGGAGUUUGUUGUUGUUAGUGACGACUGGGGGUGGGUGAGCGAGGAAGAGCGGACGACGGAACGAGCAAGGUUGUCAAGGGGCGAGCUGUUGGCAGCUGUGCCACGAAGAGAGGAAGAGCGCGGGUUGUGAUCACUGUUCAUGAGGGAAGAAAGGUUCGGUGAGGACUUUUCUUGGAUUUUUGUCCGUGUGCAGUUUUCUUUCUGUUUGGCUGAGGAGCUACUGGCUACGGGAAGGUUUGUGGCUUUGAAUGGAGAGGACUUUGGGGUGGAGACUGAUGAGACGGUGAGGGGAGAGAAAUUUGGGGCGGGGGUCUUGGCGAAUGAGUAAUUAGGGGCAUUGGAUCUUGUGCUCGUGGUGGACGUGUGCUGGGGGUGAGACGAGUGAGGGGGUGUGGUCUGGGAACCGGCGACAACGGCCACAAGUGAUGAUAGGAGGUUGAGGUUCGAGAGGUCUUCGUUGGAGGAUUGCCCGACGGUAGUUGGGGGUUUGGAGGAGGACGAAGUCUUCCCAGACAGAGGUCUCUGGAGAGGUUUGGGGUCUGGGGGUACAGCGGGGGAACCCCGAGAGCUGGUCGAGGACUCUGACCCCGUGCUGGGGCUUGGGGAAGCCGCACCGGAGGUGAGGUGACCAAUCAGAACAUUGACUGUGCUGGGACUAGGGGAUUUCCCCGCUCCCGUGGCACUGUUGUGAUUGCUCUGGCUGACGAUUGUUCCAAGGAAACCAGAGGCCUGCGACCCAAUUCCAGGGGUUAGCAACAGCUGCUGUGUCGUUUUCCCCGUUGUCGCCGAUGAAGAGGAGGCGGGGCCCUGGGUGAGCUGAGCCAGGGAGAGAAUGUUGAUCAUUGCCUGAUUCAUAUCGAUGCUGUAAGUCCCCUCGGAUGCCGGGGUCGACGGUGCAGAGCUCAACGAGGCAUUCUGGAACGAGAUGGAGAGCGUAGCUGUCGGUUGCUGAGUGGGUGUGGUCUUUGGGAGCUCAGCAGGCGAGGCUGCCACGGCAACAUUAACCAGCGUCUCGAACGCGGCAUUGCUGGGGUUUCCAUGCUGCGGACGAGAUGCAAUCAUCGACUUUAACGAAGGAGACCCCCCUUGCCCAGCUCCAGGUGAGUCCUUGCCACGAGUGUAAGAGGCAGGGGGGAGGAUGGGUCUCGGAUUGCCUGACUUGCUGGAUAUAGAGUAGCGCAGGUUCGAAGGUCCCGCUCUUAGCUGGAGCCUCGGACGAUCAGACGGAGCAGAGCGGGCUCGGCUGCGGAACGAUGACUUCGUAGUGUCCGUGAGGGGAACAUAGAUGCUGGAGCCGGCUGGGCUGAGGAAGGCGGGGGACAGCUUACAGCUGGACCCCCCACUUCCUCGUCGCUGGGUAUUAGGGGGGCGACCCCGGGGGGCUCGUACGGGGGAAACGGCGGGGAAUUUCCCGGACCCGGCACUGCGUGAGAGUGUUGGGGAUACGACAGCUGCGGCAGCUGCAAUGAGAGAGAGACCUGAAGUUCCCUGCAAGUCCACGCUGUUCAGAGGAGCCAGGGCAUAGUUGUGAUCGUGUAGAGCGAUCUCUGGAGGCACAAUGUUGUUGAGAGCCUCAGCUGCAGAGAUGAAGAUAUCGAAUGCUCCUUUGUCGGAGCCAGUCUGGUUGGAGUGGGAGGGGCUUGCUGACGAGGAGGCACGUCUCUUCCACGGGCGGGG